GCCAGAGGGCGCGACUAGGCAAAACAUCGAUCCGUGAAAUUUAUUUUAUUUAAAUUAAGUAAAUUGUGUAAUUUAUCAUAAAAAUAUAUACAAAUUAAUCAUUUAUAUGCAAAUAUUCAGUUUAUCCGUGCACGCCAUCUAGUGAGGACUUGUAUAACAACGUCACCCUGAAGAAGAUCAUAGAUCAACGCUUUAACAUUUACUACGACACGCUACUAGAGGGCGAUACCUGUAUAAUUACCAGGGAAAUAUAAUUUAUUUUAACUUACUUGACUAAUUAAUUUAUAUUUUAAUCACUUCAUUGAGGUUAAUUUUUUUGAGAAAAUGGCAAUGGCAAUUUGUAAGCAAAAAUUGAAGUGUACUGCAUGCAAACAAACUAUUACCACAAGAGAAUUUUUAAAAUGCAUCCAAUGUGACAAAGUAUUUGAUGUUAAUUGUACUAGAGACAUAUCAGAAAAAAGGUUUCGUUUGAUGACGCCAAUAAGGAAGCAGGUAUUAAUGAAAUCUUGGAAAUGUCACGUUUGCGUAGCAAAAAUUGAAAAUAUAGUGGAAAAAAUAAAGGUCGCCACUAAAAUUAACGUUAAUCAGAAACAAAUCAUAACACCCAUAAAUCAAAGUACGCCCCGGUCGUCACCUAACGUGUUUUAUUCAUCGGAAUCCACGCCCUCUGCAGGGAAUAUUGCUGAGCAUAACAACUAUGUAGUUAACGUGCCUACAGAAAACUCUUUUGCAUCUUUGAAUUCGGACACUGAUGAUGAAAUUCCUGAAGUUGACGAAGGAUUCUCUCUACUACAAAAAACAACCCUGAAUAGAAGCUGUCCUGACUUAUCAAGAGCUGAUUCUGAUAAUAUAAAAGAAAUGAAAAUGAAAUUGGACAAUUUGAUGGAUAAACUGGAAACGACAAAUAAAAUGUACAAUGAUUUGCUAUUAGAAAAUGGUUCGCUACAUAAAAGAAUCACUGAGUAUGAACAAAAAAUCGAUAAACUUACUCGCAUCUGUAAGUUAGCUCCUAAACAAAAACCUAGCAAAAAAGAGCGUAAAAGUAUUAAUACAGUCGACUAUAAUAUUCAUGAAACAAACCUCAAAGAACUGAGUUUUAAACAGUCAGAGCCAGAACCAGAACUAAAUGAAGAAAUAGAAAUGAUUAAUGAAACACAAGAAAAUGAAUUAGAAAUAGUAAAUUAUAAUAAAAAGAUGCCUACUGCCGGGAAAAAGAAAAUUAUUAUUUUGGCUGAUCAAAUGGGCAGAAAAAUUAGGCAAACAUUACAAACACUCGUUGGAUCACAAUUUGAUGUACAUUGCUUCUGCAAACCUGGAGCUAAGCUAUCUGAGAUUUUGAAAUCAUAUGCAAGUGAUAUUAGAAACUUAAAUGACGAUGAUUUUGUUAUCAUCAUGGGAGGCAUGAAUGACGAUAAUCCAUUUAGCAUUAUUUCUAGCAUGACUAUAUGGUUGAAUAAGUUUACGAAACCAAAUGUUAUUCUUUGUGAAGUCCCAUUUAAUAAGCAUUUGAAUGAAACUAAGUUAAAUUAUGAAUUUAAAUUAUUAUGUAGUAAACAUUAUAAUGCAACUUUUUUAAACAUGGACUUCAGUAGAUACAUACCAAACCGUAAGCAGUUCUCACUAAUAGUGUCACGAUAUUUGCUGAGGGAUAUUUUACACAUUGGCUACAGAACAAAUUACAAUAAUUUUAUCAAUAGACAACGUCACAUAAAGUUCGUAACUGCAUCCACACAAACUGAGCCAUCACUAAAAUUAAUGGACAACAUAGUUGAAAACAAGAUUGACUUAAAAACUGACAAUUUUUUUCGUAGCUAACUAUAUUAACAUACUACAUCAAAAUAUUAACGGACUAAUUAAUAAAUCUGACUUACUAACAAUAGUACUUGACGAAUCAUUUGACAGUGGUAAAUCCGUGGACAUUAUUUGUAUUACUGAACACAAUAUGGUGAAUGAGGAUCUGCAUUUAUUAAAUAUACCAAACUUCAAACUGGCAGCUUGUUACACAAGGGAAGUUAGACAUGGCGGUACAUGUAUUCUUAUUAGAAAACAAUCUCGAUAUAAGUUAUUGGAAUCAAUAACAUGUUUUAGUAUAUCCAACGUAAUUGAAUGCUGCGGUAUCGAGCUCAUAGAUCAUAAUUUAACAAUAAUAUGCUUUUAUAGAGUACCAGUAAAUACUAAACAUCAUUUUAAUUUAUUCUAUGAAAGUCUUCACGACAUACUGUUUCAAUUCUGUUAUAAGAUGACUAAAAAUAUUAUAAUUUGUGGUGACUUUAACAUUGACAUUCUUGAAAAUACAAUUUAUACAAAACAACUCAAUAAUCUGCUUGCAAGUUUUAAUCUAAUAACUGGAAUUAAUGAGCCUACUCGUCUCUGUAGUGGCAAGUGCAUAGAUAAUAUAUUUCAUAAUAUUCAGGGAAGCAAGGCUAGUGUUAUAGAAUACGCUUUGUCUGAUCACACUGCACAACUACUGAAAUGCCCGGUAAAAAGAACAUAUAGUCAUAAAUUUUGGUAUAAAUUAACUCAUGAUUUAUCAAAACACAAUAUGAUUAAAUUUAGAGAUCAUUUAAAUAGUAUACGUUUCAGUGAUGUUUACUCUACUAAAGAUCC